CAUAUAUUUUGUAUGAUUCAGAUUAAAUGAAAGUGCUGAUGUCCAAUCUAAACUCUCUAUGCUCGGGAAAUCUGUGUCAAGACAUUUAGACUCAUUAAAGCACAGUCUACAUAGAGAAGUACAGAAUAUGCUUGAAUUAAUGCAGAAAUCCUGCUCUGUGGCCUUCAAUGCACAUAGGGAUGAUGCACAUGCCGAGGGGGGAGAGUGUUAUAUUACUUUUAGCAGCUGUACCGUUAACAUAGGGAACGGGUUUAUCCCUAAGUCUGGAAUAUUCCAAUGCCCUGAGCCUGGCUUGUAUUUGUUUACUCUCACUGUCUGCACAUAUGACGGCAAGAAAUGCCUUCUUAUCAUCAGGAAGAACGAGAAGGAUGUGUGUGCUCUUAUUGACCAGGAUGGAAACGAAAAUAGAGGAAAAACUAUGAUAAAUCAAACUUGUUUUAUGCAACUUGAAAUAGGAGACAGAGUACAGGUUUAUGCUGUUACAGGGACAGGUUUAUCUGAUACUAAGAGUUCACACUAUACUCAGUUCUCAGGAGUUCUUCUUCGACCUUCUCCUGAAACCUUCAGAACUGCAAUCCGACAAGCUGUGCAGGCUGAAGAGGAGGAGAAUAGUUUAGCAGAAGGAUCUCUGCGUGGAUUCACCCCUAAUCCAUCUAAUAUAGAACUAAGAGCUGCGAGUAGGCGGGCUGCUAGCAGUUCAAGAACUGAAAAGGACCAAACUAAAGAAAAUGGAGUUCAGCAACAGGGUCCCAGUGUACCUAGUGUACCCAGUGUACCCAGUGUACCCGGUGUACCCGGUACAUCUGUCCCACUACCAACCGUAGUACCUAAAGAGAGAACUAAAAAGAAGGAAGAACUGAAGGAAGAGAAAGAAAAACCUCAACAGUCGUAUUUAGCGCUGACUGGGCUAGGAGGAGGGGACAAGAAACCAACGGAAAAUAUGGAAACCAACAAACAAUCUCAAAAUGGCGACGCCCAUCAAGAUACACUAAAACAAAAUGGCGACAGUUCAAGUAAACCGAAAGAAAUUAAACAGCCAACUGGCGCUAAAAAACAAGAAGGUUCUACUUUCUAUUCAUUCCUUAAAAGAUAGGUUUAACAAUUUAACUUAAACAAAUUGAACUUUUAAAAAAAUUGUAUUUUAUAAAUACACGGGACAAAAGCGGGACAGGAAAUACCCAGUCAGCACUAAUGUAUCCUCGGACAAUACAAUUUACAAACAUUUAGCAAAUUUAUAUAUAAUCCAUAUCUUCCAUAAGUAUGUAAACAUUCAUUCAAGGUGUUUAGUUCUUUAAGCAUGAUUAGACACAUGUUAGAAAACUCCAAUGUAAAAAAUAAAUCACGUGUAUCUAAA